UUCUUCUAAAAACUUUUUUUUUAACUUUUCUUUGUUUAGAAUUAUAAAAAGGAUCUCUUGUAAAAAAAUGGACGGGCAUGGACACGGACAUCAUGGUGGGCAUUGUUCAAAUAUAGCCACAAAUUUUGAGUAUCAUCAACAGGGAAUGCAUUACACAAUGGAUAAAUUUAUCAACAAAGAAAAUGUUAUUGUUCUCAAUGAAAGUGUGGAAGGUUCUGGUGUUAAAGUAUUUAAAACUUGGGCUGAUCGGUUUGACAAAAACGAUUUUGUUCACAGCGAUGUUGACGAACAAUUGCUUUUUUCUGUUCCUUUUACUGCCAAUGUUAAACUUACGGGAAUUACAUUUUCUGGGCCGUUGAGUGGUUCUUUUCCGGCAACUGUUCGGCUUUAUAAAGAUCGAGGAAAUAUGUCUUUUGAUGACUGUGAAAAUGCAAAAGAAGAUCAACAAAUUGAGUUAAAACAAGAUUCUGAUGCUUCUAUUGACUAUCCUUUGAUGUCCAGUAAAUUUAAUUCUGUUGGCCAUUUAACUCUUUAUUUUCCUGCAAAUUUUGGGGACGAGAAGACGAUUAUUCAUUAUAUUGGUCUUCGUGGUGAAUUUCAAUCAGAAUUUCGAAAUAAGAUUGUAAUUGCAACAUAUGAAGCUCGCCCAGUUCCAGAUGACCAUAAAGCUGGAUUGCGUGAUAUGGUGAAUCAUCAAGUGUGCUGAUUAUUUUGAAUUUAAAGAGUUGAGCGUGAAAAUAAAAUUUUUGGGUAUUGUUUACAAGAUUUUUCG